AGCAUUUCCUCUCCAGGCUGAGAUGAGGGCUGAGGGCGUUUGGAGGGAAGCGUGCUGCCUACUGCAGGGAGGUGACACCCGCGAGGCCGACCGUCACCCCGAAGCCCUCGCAAGUCCAGACUGGGGGUCCUUGGAGAUCCACGAGAUUUCCAGAGAAGGAAAUUGAGGCCCAAGAAGCUGCAUGACUUAGCCAAGGUCACGGAGUAGAACCCGGGGUAGGAGCCUGGGACGUUGAAAUGAAGGCGUCUUGCACUGCAGCUCCGUGGCAGCGCAGAGGCACAGGAAGGCAGACUACCCCGAGCCUAAGGGCUGCGGCCUCGCCCUCCAACCUUCUGCUCCCGUUUCUCCCUCUGGUCCAUAGCCCGCGGGACGAGCAGGCCUGGAUUGGGAGGCUCCUCAGAUCUCAGGCUCAGGUGCAGGAGCAGAGCCACUAACUGGAAGGCUCGGAGGUGGGCCCGUGAGGCAAGCCCUGUGGGGGGUUGAGGACAGCUUGGGUUGGGGGUCCCUCCCUGCUGCCUGUCCGUGGAUGUCUCUGCCUUAGGGGAAUUGGAGGUGGAACCAUCCAGUCUUGAAGGUCAACGGAGAGUGAAAAGAGGAGUGUGCAGCUUGAGCACUACAGAUAGGAGCGUCCUUGCUCCUGCCAGGCAGCCCCUCCAUAGGGGCAGUCCUGUGCUGCUGUGACUCGGCACCCGCACAAGGUGAGUCUGGGGACCGCCCGGACCCGCCCUUCCGUCGGCGGCAGCGCCACCUGGCGGCGAUGGUGCCGUGGUGCGCGAGGCGCUGGGCCUGGGCUGGGCGCUGAUUCUGCUGGAGCUGCAGGCGUCUGCAGAGCCUUGCACCCUCCCCUCGAGGGCUGGCGGGAGGAGUCCCAGGCGGGAAUGUGAUCCCGAGGGGCCCGGGGAGGGCCCUGAGGAGGAGCCUGGCCUGGGGUGGCCGGACUUCCGUGACACAACAGACACAAAAGACAAAGUCCAUUUGGAUGGAAGUGGGAGCCGGGCGAGACAUGUCAUUUUCACUCUGUGGUCAAAGGAAAUGACUGGUCUGACUCGGUCUGGGAGCGGAGCACCCAGGGUCUAAGGAUAACUCUGGGGCCAUGACGGCCAUGAUUCUCACAGAAGACUCCAAGACUUCUGUGCUGCGAGUAAGCGGACUUGUUCUGAGACCUUUGCCCUAGAGGAUGGCCAAGGGGCUCCUGGUGACCUAUGCCCUCUGGGCUGUGGGGGGCCCUGCUGGGCUUCACCACCUGUACCUGGGAAGGGACAGCCACGCCCUGCUCUGGAUGCUGACCCUGGGGGGAGGUGGGCUGGGCUGGCUCUGUGAGUUCUGGAAGCUCCCAAGCUUUGUAGCUCAGGCCAACAGAGCCCAGGGGCAGAGGCAGAGCCCCAGAGGGGUGACACCCCCUCUGAGUCCCAUUCGCUUUGCUGCCCAGGUGAUAGUUGGCAUCUAUUUUGGCCUUGUGGCACUGAUUAGCCUUUCGUCCAUGGUCAACUUCUAUAUUGUGGCCCUCCCACUGGCAGUUGGCUUAGGGGUCUUGCUGGUGGCUGCUGUUGGCAAUCAGACCUCAGACUUUAAGAACACUCUGGGGGCAGCAUUUCUCACUUCACCUAUAUUCUAUGGCCGCCCCAUAGCCAUACUGCCCAUUAGUGUGGCCGCCAGCAUUACAGCUCAGAAGCAUCGCCGCUACAAAGCUUUGGUGGUGUCAGAGCCGCUCAGUGUGCGGCUCUACCGGCUGGGCUUGGCUUACCUUGCUUUCACAGGCCCACUGGCAUACAGUGCCCUCUGCAACACAGCUGCCACCCUCAGGUAUGUGGCAGAAACCCUUGGCUCCUUCUUGAAUUGGUUCAGCUUCUUCCCCCUUCUUGGCCGCCUCAUGGAGUUUGUCCUCCUUCUGCCUUACCGGAUCUGGAGGCUACUGAUGGGAGAUACUGGCUUCAACAGCAGCUACUUCCAGGAGUGGGAGAAGCUCUAUGAAUUUGUUCACAGUUUUCAGGAUGAGAAGCGUCAGCUGGCUUACCAGGUUUUGGGCCUCUCAGAAGGGGCAACAAAUGAAGAAAUACAUCGUAGUUACCGGGAACUAGUGAAGGUCUGGCACCCAGACCACAACCUGGACCAGACAGAGGAGGCACAGAGGCACUUCCUGGAGAUCCAGACUGCGUAUGAAGUCCUGAGUCAACCCAGGAAGCCCAGGGGAUCCUGGAGGUGAAAAGAAACUUCCCCCUGAGGAUUGACUCUUCCUAUCAGAGCUGGAAAACUUGUCCCAAAUCUAGCUUUGCCCAGGAAUGGCAUCCCAACAAGGUUAAAGAAACUGCUUGCAGGGGCCAGGCGUGGUGGCUCACGCCUGUAAUUCCAGCACUUUGGGAGGCCGAGGCAGGCAGCUCACAAGGUCAGGAGUUCGAGACCAGCAGCCUGGCCAACAUAAUGAAACCUCGUCUCUACUAAAACUACAAAAAAUUAGCCAGGCGUGGUAGCAGGCGUGUCUAGUCCCAGCUACUUGGGAGGCUGAGGCAGGAGAAUCGCCUGAACCUGAGAGGCAGAGGUUGCGGUGAGCCAAGAUCAUGACACUGCACUCCAGCCUGGGCAACAAGAGUGAAACUCUGUCUCAAAAAAAAAGAAAAGAAAAAGAAAAAGAAACUGCUUGCAGGGGACACGAGAAAACCUUAAUGGGGUGAGAAAAGGUUGUGGUAGAAGAAUGUGUUUAUAUUCUGAAUUUCUGAAUUCUUGGCUAUUGCAUUCUUGACAAUUUUUCUUAAAACCAGAGAGUGAAAGGCAUAUUAUAAAACAGUCAAAUAUCUUUUAGAGUAUGGACAACUAUUAUAUACCAAUAAAAAAUUAAUUAGAAAAAAAUAUAU